AUGAGAGGGGAAAAGAUAUGGAGAAGCCCAGCGCAAAGCAAAUGAUAACGAUCGAUGGGAAAGAUAUGAUGCGCAAUUGCCCAAGCAACCUGGAGAGAACUUGGGCACCAACGAGCCAGAUCUAGAGAGGCUCACUGCACGCGGCGAAAAGGAAAAGGACAAGCACCAAGAACAUCGAGAGUCAAGAAAGAACGAUUCCCAUUGGCUCCCCAGGCCUUCGCAUUGAUCCAGCCCUCGGCACUGCGCGUCAGGCGCCGCAUUAAAGCCCAAAAUGGAGCGCCGGAGAGUGGGGAAAAGUAGCCGUGGAGGAAGCGCGAGGGUGGCAGGAGUGAGGAUGACUGUUGGUUGAGAGUCGGAUUUGGACUUGAACUUGCUGCACCGGUACCCAAGCUGCACCUCUUCUCCUGACCGCCAUCUCGGGGCUUGGCAUAUACCCUCUCUCCAACACCCACCCUACUCCUCCCGCUCCUUCCCCCCCAGUGCCUCUACGCCACACCUAUCUCUGACCGCCAUGUCCCAACACGACCCAAGUUCUCCCACUGCCUCCCAGCACCAGUUCAAUCCCUACUCCAACACAAACUCCUACGCCGACUCAACUUCUACUCCACUGCCAGAGGGACAGACAACUCCCUUCCUCUCUCCUCCCGAUCUACCUUUCCUAAACAACGACCCUCAAUCUCUCGCUUCAACCCCUCGAGGAAGCGCCGCUUAUGCCGACAGCUUUGGUCAAAACGCAAGCAACGCCAACCUCAAUGCCGGUUCUGCUAUUGGGAAUGACAAUGACACUCCCUUGAUGGGUGGAAAGGAAUACGUCGAUGAUUCCAGUCAGGGUUUGGGCAUCAUCGCUAGAGAUCCUACCAAGAACAAACCCUUGUAUAAACGGCCUGUCUUUUGGCUUGCUUCUUCUGCUGCACUGGUGGCUAUCAUCUUGGCCGUCAUCUUACCCGUCUACUUUGUCGUCAUCAAACCGAACCAAAAUCUCACUGCUUCUGGUGGUUCGUCCAGCGGUGACUCUACUGGUGGUGGUGCCAAUGGCGGGGGUACUGGUGGGGGAGGGGGUGGGGCAGCUGGAGGGGGAGGCAAGACGAAUGCCGUUACUGGUGGAGAUGGCAGUACCAUCACAAAAGACGACGGGUCCACGUUCGUUUAUAGGAAUCAGUUUGGAGGUUUCUGGGUAUCCGAUCCAGAAAACCCUUUCCUUGAUAACGCUCAACCAAAUAGCUGGACCCCGCCUCUUAAUACCUCUUGGCGCUGGGGCGUAGAUCGCGUUAAUGGUACCUUUGGUACGGUUAUCUCGACAGUUCCGACGUGCCAACCCUCGUUCCUCCUUGGUUCACCGAUGUGUCUCUGUGUUCAUAUGAGAUAUGCAUCCCAAUGCACACCCACAUCCGUCUUUUCGCUCUCUUAUCUUCUCCACACAUGCCCAUUCUUGCAUAAAAAUCUCUCACUGACCUCCUCUUUCUCCCCAAUCCCUCAUGAACACAGAGUCAACCUAGGCGGUCUCUUCGUGCUCGAACCCUUCAUCUCACCCGCGCUCUACCAACCGUUCAAUGGCAGCGCGAUGGACGAGUGGACGCUUUCGACGUUGCUGGGGGAUCAGUUGCAGAGUACGCUGGAGGAGCAUUAUCAGACGUUUAUUACGGAGGAGGAUAUUGCGCAGAUUGCUGGUGCGGGCCUCAACUGGAUCCGACUCCCCGUUCCCUUCUGGGCCAUCGAGACCUGGUCCAACGUCGGAACAGACGCUACUACUGGCGCUACGGUCUCCGAACCGUUCCUAGAGAAAGUAUGCUGGAAGUAUAUCCUGAGAGUGCUUGGGUGGGCUAGGAAGUAUGGUUUGAGGGUCAAUCUGGACUUGCAUAGCGUGCCUGGGUCGCAGAACGGUUAUAACCAUUCUGGUAAAGGUGGCAAACCGAACUUUUUGAAUGGGGUUAUGGGUGUUGCGAAUGCUCAGCGGACGUUGGAUUAUAUUAGGACGUUUGCGCAGUUUAUCUCUCAGCCCGAGUACGAACAUGUCGUACCCAUGUUUGGCAUCGUCAAUGAGGCUUUGGUGCAGGUUAUUGGGCAAGACCAGAUUACCGCCUUCUACCUCCAUGCACAUAACAUGAUUCGUGAUAUCACUGGCAUUGGGGAAGGGAAAGGCCCGUAUAUCGCUAUUCAUGAUGGGUUUAUUGGGAUUAGUAAAUGGGCUGGGUUCUUGCCUGGGAGUGAUCGUAUGGUUUUGGACACUCACCCGUACUUUGCUUUCGAUGGUCAACCGAACGACGAACCAAUCGACAUACCUGCCGUUGGAGGCGAUGGUACGACCCUGGGCGGACAGUGGCCUAGACAAGCUUGUUCAGCUUGGGGCAACAGUGUCAAUGGAAGUCGGUCGAAUUUCGGUGUGACUGUCGCGGGAGAAUUCAGUAACGCGUUCAACGACUGUGGAUUGUUCAUCAACGGUGUCGCCAAUGGUCCUCGUUCGAAAGCGGAUUGUGAUGUGUUCACGGAUCCGUCGAAGUGGACUGACAACAUCAAGGCUGGCGUGAAGGAGUUCGCGUUGGCUAGUAUGGACGCUCUGGGAGACUGGUUCUUCUGGACUUGGAAGAUUGGAAACUCCACUGCGGGCAUAGUGCAAUCACCUUUAUGGUCGUACCAGCUUGGCCUUGAGAACGGAUGGAUGCCCACCGAUCCUCGUGAAGCUAUCGGCAAAUGCGCCUCCCUCGGUGUCCAGGGAAAUCCUUUCGCGGGCACUUUUGAAUCAUGGCAGACAGGCGGAGCGGGCGCAGGUACCAUUGCCCCCAGUGUAAGCUCACAAUUCGGGACUUUCCCACCAACGACAAUUGCCAACGUCCCUGCUGCAAGCAUCACACUCUUACCCACUUAUACAAGUACAGGCGGUAUCCAAACUUUGCCUCCGCCGACGUUCUCGCCUGCACCGACCAAGUCCAUCAAUGUAGGCAACGGAUGGGCAAAUAUCGCUGAUACAGCUAGCUUCGUAACCCCGAUAUCCGCCUGCGCGUACCCUAACGCUUGGAGUGCAGUCGAUGCCCCUGUACCCACCGCUUGUGGCGGCUCUGCUGCGACCGCGCGGUGAGCCCUCAAGCCAUUCCAAGGAAUAGUCGAGGCUGGAUGUCCGGUGUCGCGGAAGGGCCGGAUACUAGUUUUGGGAUGGUUAGAGGUUUGGCGUGCAUUUGUGGCUGAGGGGAGGGAGAUGACAAUGAUAGGGGCCAUUUUAUCACCACCGAUUUUCUAUUCUUCUUCUUUUUAGUUGCAUUCCCUUUUGUGUUUCGCUUGUGGUGCAUCGAAGGGCGUUAUGGGAGGUUUCACCAUCGAGUGUUGGGCGGAGGUUCUUGGGUCAUGGGUUCUGGACAUCACCUUCUGUGGCUUAUGGCUCAUUGACGAGAUUCCGGCGGCUCUCUGCAUCACCCUUCUUUCUUGGAUUCUUGGACGAUCUCUCAAGUUUCUGCGCCACUGUUGCGGUACACAUGAACACUUAUCCCUUCACGCAGAGACACGUUUCUUUUUUGGCGCGCCUACCUCGUACGCAUGACUAUCUUCAUCUUAGACCCCCUUUUCUCGAUGGCGAUUCAAAUUCGUCACUCGUUUAUCCUUCUUUAUACCCCUGAUAGGAACUUGAUGUACAAUAUCUGUAUCAUCAUUGGACACACGGACAAACUAGCAGUAUCAUUCCUUACUUUACUUUAUUUUAUUUUAUUCCCCAGUCAUCGCUCGUGUGUACCACCAUCUUGAGUCUUAUAUGUCUUUCCUUUCCUCUCUAUUCCCGUACUCUUUGGAUAGCCGAAAUAUCCUAACAUCUGGAUACUUAGAAGCUCUAUGCAUCGAAUGAUUCAAAUUACUCCAGCCUGGACUAGGUACCCCUCGAAAGACCAAUAUUUAAAGUCUCCCAUCCUUUGGGUUCGGAAUAUAUGGUCCGCUUAUAGAUCUGACCACAGUGCGCACCACAAGUCCGAGACAAUUGAUGGCCCAGGUUUUGAGUUCAACGUGACAAAGCUUAUUAGAGAAGUUUACUAGUAUUGGGAGUCUUCGAAGCCUUCGCGGAAGAAGUUCUUUUCUUACGCGAGAGCCUGAGGGUCUCGCUUGCAGUCAGCCACAUUGAUGUAAGUCCUGGAUCUUCUU